UUAAAAAUUCCAAAAAAUAUAAAAUUUAUAAAAAAAAAAAUUCAAAAUGUUUUUUAUUCAAAAAUUGUGUAAAGUGUUAAUACUUUGGCCUUUAAUAAUAUCUUCAGCCCAUGAAAUAAAUAUUCAACAAACUGAAGAGUUAUAUAGUCGGGAUUUUUAUACAGUGCCCACCACAGUGAAAACCUAUGAAAAUGAUACAGUGUUAUUGCCCUGUGGUUACAAGUUGUCCUAUCUCUCGGUACGUUGGCUUAAAGACGAGGAUUUUCUAAUGGAAUCCCCCCAAUCGGAACCCGUGUUCAUGGAUCGUUUUCAUUUACUAGCCAAUGGCAGUUUGGAGGUCAUGAAUGUUCAGGCCGAGGAUACUGGCAAAUAUUAUUGUGAAAUUGUUACCCCAACGGGCAAAGCUGUACAGGCCCAUGCCAUAGAAGUGCAAUAUGCCCCACGCAUUUAUACCACCCCUAGCGGUUUUAUAGAAAUGCCAAUUGGUGCCGUUUUAGAGGUUAUAUGCGAGGCAGAGGGUGUUCCCCAGCCGGCUGUCAGCUGGACUCAUAAUAAUGAAACGAUUAUUGAUUAUUUGGUGGGUAAUCGUCAGAUACAUAUAGUGGAAAUCAAAUCGCGUAAUAUGUCGGGCAGUAUAGAGUGUACGGGUCAGAAUGGUGUGGGUCAAGCGGUAACGGAUGGUGUGGAGCUAAUGGUGUUGUUUGCCCCCGAAAUUCAAACCUUACGCAAAAUCUACUACUCCAAAAUUGGUGGCCGCCUACAAAUGGAAUGUUUCGUAGAAUCGGCACCCUUAGCCAAAGUACGAUGGUUUCAUGCCGGCAAACCCAUUACCUAUGGUCCCUACUUUGGACGUCAAGACAACGAAGACCAAACACACCACAAUCUCACAAACGGUCUACAACAACGCUACUACUCCGACAUGAAACAUUCGUUAAUAGUGAAAAAUGCCCGCGAAAGCGAUAUGGGUAUGUAUGAGUGUAGAGCUGAGAAUACCAUGGGUGUGCAAAGUGCCUACAUGGAGGUGACAUUCCGACCAAUGCCAUGUACAUUUAAGAUUAGCCCUGAAAUGCAGAGUCCCACGGCGCACAUAUUGGUGUGGCAAACAGAAAGUUACUCGCCAAUUAUUGAAUUUAAACUGAAAUUUAGACAAGUACCAUCUGACAGCAGUUUCAUGUAUUCCACAACAACCGUGACAACGCAAUAUGCGGCUGAAUGGACAGAGCUGACAAUACCCUCCUCGAUAUCAAUAGGUCCCAUUUAUACCACCACCUAUACCCUGCAUGGUUUACAUCCAGCCAGCAUCUAUCAAGUGGUAGUUUUGGCCCGCAAUCAUUAUGGCUGGAGUGAUAGUAGUAAAAUUUUACGUUUUGCCACCGGCGGAGAAGUUGAAUUUCCCAAUUAUUCAACCGAAUCGGAUAAAUUUGAAGGUAAAGAUGAUGCCAUCAUAAAUAGCUUUAAUGAUGACCCUGAUGAUAUUGAUGAUAAAAAUCAAUUGAGCAACAAAACAAUUGAAGAAAUAACUGAAAAUUCUAUAAGUCCACUGAAUGAUUUAAAACUAUAUGCCACCAUGACACUGUAUCCAAACACUGGCUGUAGAUUAAGCAACAACAAUAACAACGAUUGCUGGUGGUGGUGGGCUAGUGCCAUUGUAGUCAUAAUUGGUUGUAAAUUAUAUUAGCAUUGAUCGUAAUAUUAAGCAGAAUUAAAUAAUAAAAUAUUUUUAUUUUUUAAACACA